UCUCGCACAAUAACCACUUUCAACAAAACUCAGAGAAUACAACUUUGGAAAAGACAAUAGCCAACAUACGCUCUUUUUUUUAUUACUUUCAUCGCUUUGCGAGAAGAUUCUUCUGCUUUUGAUUCUAUUGUGAGUACUCCGAAGCUAUUAUCUGAAAAAACGCACUUGCAUCUUCCUCAAAUUCCAUCUUAAAAUCAAGGUCCCCAGAUAUAUCAUAUUACCACAGAAGGAACCAUCGAUCUAUCAAAUAGAGACUCACAUUUUCAGGCCUUUUACACAGACAAUUCAAGUGCAAAUCAUCUGAAGUAAGUGCCAUCUUAAGUCUUCAUCGUUUCACAUUCAACACCACGUCAGUCCCGCCCAAUACUUUCAGCCAAAACUGGCUGCUUCAUCAACCUCGAGAUCACCAGUACUGACUUUCAUUCAACAGGACUUUCUCGACACCUUCUCUGUAGAAGAAAACCGUAUACUCACUACUGAGUAAGUCAAGUCUUCCAAGCUGAUAUUAAAAUUUUCCUACUUCCACACUCCACAAUCCACGAUUCUUGUUUCUAUACCUACCACCGCCACUCUACGGCUCAAUGCUCUUCACAAUCACCCGUGAAGCCCGGUCUUGUCUUCAAAGACAAAUCUUCACGUUUGCAAUCAUCAUAUCUUGCACAACACAUUCCCGCUUUUCUUAAUUGGGCGUGUAUCACUCAUUCCUCAACUUCACACGAAUCUGAUCCCACCAUACGUUUUCUUCAAACGGAUACCUUUUCACACAUAUUUUUCUCUCUCAACCUUCCCCAGUUCGAAACAUGAACCUUUGUCACUUAUCUUCCCCUCUACUUGACCCAGAAAUCCUGGUCCAAUACAUCCAUUCAUAGCACACCAAGAUCGAAGACUGCAUAACUAAAUCUCAAAGUAGCCUUUCAACUUGAACUUACCUUUUUCUUCUUCUUUCAACUUGUAAGUGCUAUAGUCUUCCACUAUGCUGAAUAUCUGAGACCUGGACAUCUACUUACACGACAGCAGUUUGAAUCCAACACUUCGAAGGUUCUCUGUCGUUCUUUACCGACUUCGAGAUCCACUUCAGCACCCAUAUUUCCCAAGGACCACGGUUCUCUGGCCUUCCUGUCCCACUGGAAGUAAUUUGACAAGUUUUGCCCAUCUUCGAUCUGUAAGUGAUCUCUACUCUCCGCUUAGCAGCAUCUUUUGGAAUCCACCAAAGCUGUUGGGUGUUGAGCAACUACUUACGCAGCUCAUCAGAUUUCAAAUCUCUCAGCUGUUUCUACAGGCUCGGGGAGCUUAACCUAAUCAACUUUCGGUACUGGUUUAGAGCGUCAUUUUUGACCGACACUUGACAUAAUCGCAUUCCUCAUCUAAAGUUAUAAAGCCGCCAAACAUCAUGUCUUCCAUCAAGUAAGUACUUCCCAUUGAAAAGACCUCUAUCUCGGCAUCAACUUUGAUGAACUAUGCUAAUCUAACUUGUGCCGAGCAGCCAUAACAUCAGCUUGUUCGCUAGAACUCCAUUUGCAACUGUCGCUGAUUUUGCUAAGACCGAAUGGCUCGAUCUCGCGCUUGGAAACAAGAUCUGUGACAAGCAAUCAGACCAGCUCGACUGGCUCCAUCUUGAAAAGAAGUCCGUACAAAACACGCCAGUCGGCGCAACCCUCACGGUAGUUCAAGUUGAAGUCAACCCGGUAGUCACAGGUUUUCCGUUGUUUCGCAAGCUUGCCACUGAGCUCCAGGAUAAGAUUUGGGUGAUGGUGUCGUUGAAUUACCCCCGGAUCAUUACAAUUGUCGAAGAAAAUGUUGAUGUUGUCCUACAUCCUGAUGAUAAUGAGUACACGGUAGUUGGAGCUAGGCGUCCAAAGUUUCUCAACACAUCUAAGGGAGCCUUGUCAGCAAUGGUUGGUGUCUACCGACCAAUGUUCGAACUUAAUCCUGCCAAAUACCAUGGAGAAAAGAAGGGUGUUUUCGUCAACCCCGAUAUUGAUUGUAUCGACUUCGCGUCCCUUCUUUCCCUUAAUGGACAAUUGCCACCUCUCGAUUUCAUCGGCGCUCUUAGGUUUCGUGGAGAGUUUUCAAGUAUCCGUCAUGUUUGCCUUCCGGCUCAGGAAUUCCACGAUAACUUUCAGACAGUUGCUCGGAUCGUCCAGAACCUACCAUUACUUGAAUCUGUGGUCGUCGAGGCAAACUAUAUCGAUCAUACGGUUAACAACAUCCUGUACAUGCAUUUCAUGAUCCAGGAUGUCCAUUACACCAGACCAAAUAGAUAUCCACGCUCUGACAUGACCAUCAUGGUCAUGGACGGCGGUUCUCCUUUGGUUGGUGCUCCAGCAAUUGGUAUCCUUUUCAACAAAAUCUCCGACACAACUCAUAGAGCUGGUAUCCUUGAAACCUUAGGUAGAGUUGAGACAAUGAUGCGUCAAGAGCCCAACUUUCCGAACAGAGUUCUUGGUGCAUUUAACUACCACAACUUCCCAUGAACUAUGUUGAGAUCAUUCCGGUCCAUCUCAAGGUAAACACGAUUCAUUUUCUCUUACAAUAUGUCUCGUGCCUUUACUGAUAUUUUCCAAAGUUGAGAUUUAUUUGAAAUAUUUGUUUACGAUUUUCUGAAAUACAAUAGCUUGGGUUUUGCUUUGUUUUGUCGAUGAAUAUAUGAUCUGUGAUAAGAAGAUAGGAUGUUUUUCAUAUUGGUGCGUUGGAUGCUAUCGAGUUUGUAUUUACUCACGACUUUUGGUCAUUGAGCCUUUGCACUCAUUCGCUGAUGACCUGGACCGAAUAUAUAUAUAUUUGACUUUUAUAACUGCUCAAACCCUAGCCGUGACUGUGCUGUGAUGACUGUAUUACGAGGCUAAUAAAAUGUGUGAAGAAUUGCUUCUCUGCUUUCCGGAAGUCGUGGCAAAUUUGAAAUGUAGCUAGAUAUAGAAGGCGUUGGUAUCAGACUAAUAGAUUUUGGAGUAUUUCAUCGGAUUCAAGCCAGCAUUGGUUCUGAUGGUCAGGUAAACAACAUGCCAGUGUAGCUUUCUUCCAGGAUUAUCAUAGCUCCAGGUGCAAUGCAGUAUAGCUUUUGAAAGAUCGCAAUUUAGCUAAGAUCCUGACUUAUAGCUUCGAAGUUCAUGAAGAAGAAACGACACUGAAGAAGGUUGAAUAAGUUCAGAAGGGAAGCUCAUUAA